UUCACCGCACUUCCGUUGCCCAUGACACCGGAGCGAAGUUCUGACAGCUGAUUCUCAAAUCAGUUUCUAUCCUCUCCGAGCCUCCAAAUCAUCAUUUUUGAGCUUAUUUAGAGUCGGACGUGGCUGCUGGAGUGUCCACCUGGAGUUGCAGACGUCGCCUUGACCAGAGGAGGGCAGCUGAUUAUGGUGUAGCACAGAGCGCUAGCUCUGAGACAGCAGGCAUUUGAGCAGCAGUGCAGUGCAGCACAGUGCGGCGUGGGGCAGACAGAGGCAUAUCACAACGUAGCCAUGCUCACAUUGGCCAGCAAGUUGAAGAAGGAUGAUGGAGGAAAGACAGGCCGUGCCUCUGGAGCCUCAGACUCCACCCAUAGGGUCUCCAUCAGGGACCGCCUCCUAACCAAAGAAGUUGCAGAACUUGAAGCCAAUCUCCCUAGUACAUGCAAAGCCAGUUUCCCAGAUGAGGAUAAGCUACAUCAUUUUCAGCUGGCAGUGUCUCCUGAUGAGGGUUACUACCAAAGUGGAAGGUUUCAGUUUGAAAUAGAUGUCCCUGAAGCCUAUAACAUGGUGCCUCCUAAAGUGCGAUGUCUGACCAGAAUAUGGCAUCCUAACAUCACAGAGAACGGAGAGAUCUGUUUAAGCUUAUUGCGGGAACACUCUAUUGACGGCACAGGCUGGGCCCCCACUAGAACAUUGAAGGAUGUGGUCUGGGGAUUGAACUCCUUGUUUACUGACCUGUUGAACUUUGAUGACCCACUGAACAUCGAUGCAGCAGAACAUCAUCUGAGAGACAAGGAGGAUUUUCGGAAUAAGGUUCAAGAUUACAUCAAGCACUACGCCAGAUGAUAGAAGCAUUGGCUACCUGCAGCAGCCUGCAUCAACCAACCAAACUGCUCUACCUUGCCUCUGCUUAUCUUGGCCAACUCCCCCCACAUGUGUGAAUCAGCAGCUGACUCUCUGACUCUACCACCCUCCCCUCCCCUCCGAUUGACACGACAGCCCUACCUAUGCCCCUUCUGUUCAUCCAGUUGCAAUAAACUCCACAUUGCAGGAAUGAUAUUAAAAAAAAUUAAUUUAACGAGGGACGCGCAUAAAAAAGAAAAUAUGCUUUAAGUAUCCUAAUCGAUUGAGUGUUACAACAACCGCAGUGUCUGUCCACUGUGGCGAGAUCAGUGAAUGACGCCACCGUUGCUGAGGUGUCCAUGAACCUGCCGGAGGUGAGCCAUGGCAACAAAUGGCAAAGGAUGUGAUGUUUCACUGAAGAAGACAAUAAGUCACACUUAGCUGUUUUCCAAUUUGAUGAAUCAAGAGAAAGAAUAUCUGUUAUUAUCAGUUCUCUGUUUCAGUGCCUGCCAUGUUUGUGUCGCUAACGAGAAAAUGCAUGUGAGUUCACAAACAUACACAAACACAGUGUCACAUCAUGUAGUAAAAGGUCAACAAACACACACACACACACACACACGCACACUCACUCACACAGGAUUGUGACUCUGACACACUCGAGUUGGAAAAUCCUGCAGCCCCAUUAGACAGCAUGUGAAUGACCACAUUGCCCCAUUUUGUCGUCAUUCUGCUUGCAUGUGUACAUGCACAAACACACAAACAACUGACAUACAGACUUUCUGUGUAUUUUCAGCUCCAGUGACAUAAAAUACUGCCACUUAAACUACAGCCAAAUGUAUUGUUCUGUUUUCAGCACCACCUCUCCUCACUUUCUCGUCUGUCUUUCCUCUGUCUGUCACUGUUUCACACACCUAUGACCACAUGUUUUCUGUCAAGGAUGGAGAGGUUUAUUCGGACUUACAGUGCAAUCAAAAAGUACUCUGACACAGUAUUGGCAUGUUGGCUCUGUACUAAAGUGCACUGGGUUUAAGAUGAAACACUGAUCUGUUUAAAGGACUGAUUUAGAUCAUCUUACAUCCACGUAACAUAAAUAUAUGGUGUAAGGCAUCUAGCUUCCAUCUGCACAUAGCCCCCCAUUUUUAAACAACAAAAUGUAAUUGAACAUGUGAACUCGAACUUAAAGCUGCUAUAUUUAAUAUUUUUAUCGUAACAAUGCAUCAAAUACUGCUAGCAGAUAGUUGGUGAACAUAGUGAAGCGUUCAGCAACUUAAGAGCAAGACAAAAGUGAGUAGAGACCGAAAACUACUGAAAGAUUCAGAAGAGUCAAUCUGGUGGAUGGAAACACAGCUGCAAAUGAAUGAUGAUGGUGCUUUGCAACAGCAGGAUGUGUAGACACUGACCAGAUUACUGUAAGCAUAGGACAAUAGAGAAUGUGCAGAUCGAUGGUGUCCCUGUCUCUUUUUCCACUCACUCCUCCAUACUUGCUGCAACUCGAGCACGCCAGCUCACCUACAUAAAGCCAAGUUGUAAUGUUGGGAUAAUUGGGCCAUUCAUGUUUGAACCUUACACUGAUUCUUAAGAAUAAUAAUGAUACAGAUGGCCUCAACCUGCAAGUUGACAGAAUCUACCCCUUAGGCCUGUUAGACCUCAGAUGUUUGAAUCUGAUUUUCAGACUAUCAUCACUACACUGCAGCUUCAAGGUGGAAAUGCUCGACUAGUGCCUUGACUGCUUCUUUAGCUCAUAUUGUGUCUCUUAUCACUUGGUAAAAACAUUUAAAUUUUGCAAAUCAGCACUUUCACCUCAGCUGUUUUAUUUAUUUUUUUAUUGUGUGUUGUACAGAGCCAAACCCGUAAGAGACAUUUUACUGCUUCAGACUUUGUGACUGCACUGUACUCGCCUCUUGUUCUGGUAACUGUGGGACAUUUCCCAAAUUGACAUGUAGAGUGUGUCUUUCUGAGGGACACUACUCCAGUCUUUCUUUCUUGGUGUGUGGACUGUAUCAUGUCACUCCCUGAGUGUGUGUGGAAAAGACAACAGCAGAGGUUCAUAAAGACAGAUAGUUGGCUAACUUGUCAGGGAGUAGGCUAGUAAGCUAACAUGCAAGCUAGCGUGUUAGUUUACUAGCCUGCUAGCUUACUAAGUAAUGACUGAGUAGUUUUGACUCAGUGCAAGCGACUAUGUCUUUUCAGUAGAUAUGUGCAAUUCUUCAUAUCCAUACAUUAUGGCAAGCUGUCAUACUCCUGGCUCGAGUAGAUCAGGUCACAUUCAAAUUUAUUUUCAGAACACUCAAAAUGUUGAAUUUGGCAUAAAUUAAGUAAGGUGCUUUACAUGCGAUUGACCAAACAUAGGAUGCUAAAAAUAGAUGUAGACCCCUCUGCACAUAUAUCCACAUGUAGGCGAAACUUUGUGUCCACGUGGGCUGACUGCUACAAAGGGCAAUAGCGCAGAGAUAGAAAAGUACUGUGCACAUAUGCAACAAAGUCUUCCAAGGAGGCUCCAUGGACUAGAAAAGCAGCAUUCAACAACACAUGAAGUGUCCAGAGCUGUCCAUGUGUCCGUCCACAGUAGAGUAUAAUCAAGUGUUAAUGCUUGCCAACAUAUGGAAUAAGACAACAUGUGUGUAGUAGUUAAAAGAUAAAAUGAUACAAAAAAUAUGACACAAAAAAUUUAAAUAUAUCAUAAAUUAAAUGAUGACCUUAAAAAAAAAUGCAAUAAAAUUAGAAAGCGUUCACUUGGUAGGCAGGUGGAAGGUUUGCUAAUGGAUUAGCUUGUUAGCUGCAGUGCUCGUUCUGUGCUAGUUCACUGAAAUAACCAUUGCUUAUUUGACAGGGCAGAUAAAGAGAUUCACUCCACUGAGAGGUGACGCUGGGAAUCCUGGUCUAACUAGAUGAUGUCAAACUGUCUGCAUGAGCGUCUGCUGCUGUGAAUUUAAUGAUUGUUCAUUUUGUGUGUGUGUGUGUGUGUGUGUGUGUGUGUGUGUGUGUGUGUGUGUGUGUGUGUGUGUGUGUGUGUGUGUGUGUGUGUGUGUGUGUGUGUGUGUGUGUGUGUGUGUGUGUGUGUCAGAGAGGCUGUGUCGCUGAGUUAGCCAGUGACGGAGCAGAGUGCAUAUGUUGCUCUGCCCUGGUUAACGCCGUGCCUCCUGUUUGAGUCGUAUCUCUGAACAUCCACUGUUUUCACUCUAUUCAACUUUGUGUUCACACAUCUGCAUGAGGUCUAUGUGAUCUGCCAGUGGUGCAUUUUAGUAAGGAUGUAGAAAUAUAGUCGAAGACGAUUGAACGUUUGUGCUCAAAGCGUGUGUGUAAGUGUGUGAGUGUACAAAUGGACAUUUUGUGCUUGUGGAGCAUUUGUGUACGUGUGUGUGUACGUGUGUGUGUGUGUGUGUGUGUGUGUGUGUGUGUGUGUGUGUGUGUGUGUGCGUGUGUGUGUGUGAGUGCAUGUGUGUGUGGGCGGUUACGUUAUGACCGUGGAGACGAUGUGACUUGUUAGCAUGCUCUGGUUUACUCUUGCCCUUCUUUCUUUUUCUGAUUCUGGCCCAGGUUUCAGCUGCUCAAAUUAGUUUAAUUUUGCAAGUGAAAGUAAACAACAGAUGACACUGGCCUCUGCCAAAAUAAAGGACCCGAGAGAAUGAUGAAUGCAGGUCCAUUGAUGGCCAAUGUGAAUAUGAGUGUUCCGUGAUGUUUCUCAGUUCGUUUUAGGUCCACUCAAACCUUGAAGGCUAAUGUAACUGCCUAAUAAUACGAAGCCAUCCUGUGUAGCUGCCAUGACAGGUCAUUGUCACGGUAGCGUUUGCCUCCAGGAUACGAUAGCCCGGCACUCUGUACUUCAUCUUAGCCUUACUAAUGCUCUGACUUUAGCUUCCUGAUGGAGACCUUGUCGUUACAACCUUUAGUUUGGCAGUUAGCAGUGCUUUUUUUCCCAGGAUGUUUUUGGGAAAUGUCUCUGCUUGGGUUUAACUCCAUCUUUGGGCCAGAGGGAGAAGAUCAACAGCCUGCUCUUCUUCAGAUCCUCAACCUUUUCUUUCUCAGAUUGUAUAUCCAUUUUUUAAGAUAUAUUAAAGAGAAUAUAAAUCAAA